CACAGGACUCUCCACUGUUGCUUCUCAAACCAUCAAACAUUCCAGGCAAGAGAGACAGAAUUGCUGGAGAGGUACAAUGGCAAGACCGACUAUCUUAGCAGGCUUGGGUCUGGUGUUGUGUCUUCAGGCAUGUUCUGCCGCCAAGCUGGUGUGCUACUUCACUAACUGGUCCCAGUACAGACCUGGAACUGGACGGUUUUUGCCUGACAAUGUGGACCCUCACUUGUGCACCCACCUGAUCUAUGCUUUCUCCGUCAUCAAUUAUAACAACGAGCUGGUCACCUACGAGUGGAAUGAUGAGACUCUGUACCAGUCCUUCAACGGCCUAAAAAACAAGAACUCUCAGCUGAAGACUCUGCUGGCUGUGGGAGGAUGGAACUUUGGGACAAGCCAGUUCACCAUCAUGGUUUCUUCAGCUGCAAACCGGCAGAGGUUCAUCCAAUCGUCCAUCCGUUUCUUGCGGACGCACGGCUUCGAUGGACUGGACCUGGACUGGGAAUACCCUGGAGCGCGAGGGAGCCCCCCAGAGGACAAGCAGAGGUUCACGGCGCUGGUUAAGGAGCUACUGGCAGCAUUUGAACAGGAAGCCCUUAGCUCCCGGAAACCCAGACUGCUGCUCACGGCCGCAGUGGCUGCUGGGAAAGCCAACAUUGACAACGGCUACGAGAUUGCUGAGAUUGCCAAGUACCUGGACUUCAUCAGUGUGAUGACCUAUGAUUUCCACGGAGCCUGGGAUCCCUUCACUGGACACAACAGCCCCCUAUACCGUGGCUCCACUGACAAGGGAGACCUCAUCUACUUCAACAUUGACUUCGCUAUGAAGUACUGGAGGGAUCAGGGAGCUCCCCUGGAGAAGCUCCUCAUGGGAUUCCCCACCUAUGGGCGCACGUUCCGCCUUAUCUCCUCCCAGAACGGAGUCGGGGCUCCUGCCAAUGGUGCCGCCUCCGAAGGCCCAUACACCCGUGAAGCAGGCUUCUGGUCUUACUACGAGAUCUGCUCUUUCCUCCAAAGCGCCACUAUCCAGUGGAUAGAAGACCAGAAGGUGCCCUACGCCACCAGAGGAAACGAGUGGGUUGGCUUUGAUGUCAAGAAGAGCUACGAGACUAAGGUUCGAUGGCUGAAGGACAACAAGUUUGGAGGGGCCUUCGUGUGGGCCCUGGACCUGGAUGACUUCGCUGGGGAGUUCUGCAAAGAAGGGACAUACCCCCUCAUCUCCCACCUCCGCACGUUGCUCUCUUCUGAUUUGCCAACAUUGCCACCACUUCCCCCUGUACCUACCCCUGGAGCCAACUCCACCACCACCACUACUACCCCUUCAGGUAGCAACAUCGACCCUCGGUUCUGUGUGGGCAAAGUCGAUGGACUAUAUGCCAAUGUACACGACCCCAACUCCUUCUACCAGUGCUCCCGAGGAGUCACCUAUAUCCAGAGGUGCCAAGUGGGCCUGGUGUUCAAAGAUAAAUGCAAGUGCUGUGACUGGCCUUAACCUGACAGAGAAGAAAUCAAAGGCCACCAGUAUCUGACCUGCCUGUUUGGAACUGGUAUUUCAUCAGGCUAGAGCCAGCAGAAAUUCAGUGAAUGAAAUAACCUGCUAAAAAGAGAAUAUAAUCAAUUAUUUCAAAUUCUUUUCAAAGCUUUAUUAAACAACAAAGAAGAUUCUUCAAAAUAUAUCAACAUCUCCUAUUUGUAAUUUUUUGGGAGACAUCACCAAAUUUGGUCAUUUUAUUUUAACGGUGGCGCAUUGAAGAAGACAAUCAGUAUGUUUUACUCUGCUGCUCCUUAUGUCCUGCUGCACAACUUUAUGCUGUU